UGAUGAGAUUGCACCCUACCAAUUUUCUCAAGUAAUCGGUUUGACCGAUUACUGAGUAAUAUAGUCAGUGACAUCGGCAUAUUGGUGGGAAUCGUUGAUCAUGGCAACGUACACUUUCGUAUCUUGACCGAACGCAACAACGUAAUUUAUUCAAGGCCUUCUUCAGUCUAGCUGUCUUUAGCGUAGAUAAGUUGUCUUGUGAGCAAUAAAUUGUGAAGCUUUAAGCUCAUCGGAGGUUUCGAUCUGUUCGAGAGAUCAUCAUGGGUUGCGUGAGUGCAGUACGAGACAUAAAACAGCUGGUAGAGAGCGAAAAACACAGACAAACUGUGCUGAAAGACAAGGCCACAAUUGACAGUCUAGUGUUGUUUUUGGAGCACAAUGACAGCAUGGUUGUCCAAGAAACGCUCCUAACUUUACUCCAACUCAGCGACACUCUUCCAGACAGACAGGCCUUGCGGACCAUCUCUCUGCCACCGUGUGGACUUCUUCCGGCGCUCCAGUCUCUGGCUAGUAGUAGUUCCAAAGGCAGACAUGAUCCGGAGAUCAGAAGAUUGGCCGCUGAGUUGCACACGCGGCUAGAUAUGGGAGGGUGCCUUCCAACGCACAAUCGUAAUAUGCAGCCAGGAAUCAUACACAAGGGAAUGAGUAGAGCGGCAAUGGCAUCCAAAAUGCAGUCUUCCCCCUCGCCAAAUUCCCUCUCAGUCGGAGCAGGUGGGGUCGAUCUAUCCUCCGCCUCUUCCUCCCCCUUUGUGAAGAAGGCUAAACGAGCUCGCAACAUGGUCUUCUACGUGGAAGGUCUAGAUAAAGAGAGCAAGCAGCAAGCCCACGAGGCCCUUUGUUCUCUACACGGAGUCGUCAGUUUCACAUUUGACCUUGGAAAACAGAGGACGGUGAUGCGGGCGAGGCCGGAGUUGGGAGCUGCGGAAGUGGCACAUUGUCUGGCCCAGGCGGGCUUCCCCUCCCCACAGCAGAUUGUGAAGGGACCGAAGGGCGAAGAGGAGUACAUCACAUUCGCUCUUUCAAGGCCUGCAAGUCCGAUGCCAGACUAUCUACCAGAAGACGACCCCGAAGUGGAAGAUCCAACGACCGCUGUGCGAGUCCAAGGGGACGGGCCAGGACAACAGACCACGUGGCUAACAGCAACCGUCAACUACCUCGCCAGGUCCAUGUAUUGGUGACCCUCCCCCUCCACUGUAACCAUGGAGAUGCCUGGACCCCCCUUCGCCUAUUUUUUCAUUGAUACUUGAAGUUUCGCCCUUGCAUAUGUAUGGGCCCAAUUCCUCAGCUUGAUGUCGACACCGCUUUUGUCGCAUCGUAAGCACAAAAAGAAACACAAUAUCUGCAAUAUAUUUAGUCAUCUCGGCUGCUUUUUGUUGCCGCAAUUGUCUUAUAAUAAUGGCCUGUUUCGACUAAACGACCCUGGAUUUGAUGCCAAUUUUGCUGCCACCAAUCAUCAUUCAUCGCCGCUUGGCAGAGCAACACUAUCUGAAUGCAACAUACAAAUUUCAACAAAACUUACAAAAUCGAUCUCCAGUUUGAUUUGAUCCGCAUAUAGACUGACCUCGUCAUUUACUUUACAUAGACUUUUUAGUACUUAGUCAGUCAUUAAUGUAAUGCGAUUGGUAAAUUAUACUUUUCUACUAUUA